AUGAAUAAUUAUCGAAGAUGUCCAAAUGAAAAAAAUCAAUCAUCAUUGAAUAAUAAAAAAGAAAUUUCUAGCAAAGCGAAACCACAAGUGUCCGCAUUAGAACGUAAUAUGUCUGUUGAAAAUAAAAAACUAAAAGAAUUAAUUGCUUAUCAAAAUUUUAAUUCAGUAAUGGAUUUAUCUAACCAAAAUUUAACUGAUCAAGAUAUGGGAAUUAUUAUUCAACAUGGUAUUGUUGGAAAAAAAUGUAAAAGUCUUAAUUUAUGGGGAAAUAGAUUUACACAUGAAGGUAUUUCAAUUCUUGUUGGUAUAUUAGAUGGAAAUAAAACAUUAAAAGAAUUGGAUCUUUCAUAUAAUCGUAUAUCGGAUAGAGGUGUUCAAAUGAUAUGCACAGUUCUUUCAUCAAAUACUUGUGUACUUCAAGAUAUUGAUCUUUCAUCUAAUGGUAUUACGGACAAAGGUGCUAUCUAUUUAGCUAAUAUGCUUAAAAAUAAUCAUACAUUAACAACAUUAGUAUUAAAUCACAAUGAAAUAACUAAUGAUGGGUUGAAAUCAUUAGUUGAUGCACUUGCUCACGAUAAUAGAAAAUUGAUACAAUUAAAACUUGACUUUAAUCCAUGGAUAACAGGACGUGGUGUUGAUUAUAUAUUUCAGUCAUUAAAAGAUAAUCAAAUUUUAAAAGAAGUUUAUGUAAAAAAUUGUAGCGUUGAAGAUCAAGAUUUACCGAUGUUACAAGAAAAGGCGAUUACAUUUGGACUUGAUGUUUUUAUAUAA